AUGCCCCGUGCUCCCUGCAACUCUGGGUCUUGGGGUGUCUCCGGGUCUCGGGGUGUCUCCGGGUCUCGGGGUGUCUCCGGGUCUCGGGGUGUCUCCGGGUCUCGGGGUGUCUCCGGGUCUCGGGGUGUCUCCGGGUCUCGGGGUGUCUCCGGGUCUCGGGGUGUCUCCGGGUCUCGGGGUGUCUCCGGGUCUUGGGGUGGCUCCGCGCGCUCCGUGGCGGCCCCGGGCCGUCUCCCUGCCCCGUUCCCAUGUCUCCCGCAGCUCCCCGCCGGGCGGCAGUGCAUCGAGCACUACCGGCGCCUGCGGCGCUACUGCGUGUUCUCGCACGAGGAGCUCAUCUGCAAGAUGGCCGCGUGCCCCGAGAAGCUGGACCUCAACCUGGCGGCCGCCGUGCACAAGGAGAUGUUCGUGCUGGUGCAGGAGGAGCGCAAGCUGCGCAAGGCCCUGCUCGACAAGGGCAUCACGGAGGCCGAGCGCGAGGCCUUCGAGCUGCUCCCCGACGACGAGCGCCAGUGCGACAAGUGCAAGACGACCUGUUUCCUGUCCGCGCUGGCCUGCUACGAGUGUCCCCAGCGCCUCGUCUGCCUGUACCACAUGGACGACCUGUGCAAGUGCCCCCGCAGCAAGCAGUACCUCAGGUACCGCGGGAGCGGGACCGGAACGGGGACGGGGACAGCGCCCAGGG